GAUACCUCUCUCCUUUAACCUAAACCCUUCUUAAACCCUUCCAUGCAGUCGAGCUCGAGCCCUUUAAGAUACGGCGGCUAGGCUCUCCCUCUCUCUCUCUCCCCCCCUCUCGGCAAUGGCUUCUCGCUAUAGCUCGGUGUCUCGCUCGCUAAUGGCGGCGGCUCGGUCUUCAGCCGCGCGCCCUGCCAACGUUCCCCGCCCCGGCCUCCGCCCUCGCCUUCCUUCCUCCGCCACCCAGUCCCGGCGCUUCACCUUCUCCAGCAUCAGAACGCCGGUAGAGCUGGGAUGCGUCCCCUCCCUGUUCCCUUUGCACAGUGCUGUCGCAGCGAGCCGGCUCACCGCCCAUGUCUCUGUCAGCGUCCGAGCUUGUUGCGAGCUGUCUCAGGGUCUCAUGUGGCACCAUGUUGGUUCAUGAGCUCACUAUUUUGGCUUAGUGAAAUGCAAAUUCCAUUAAGCGAUCGACAUGAUUAAAGUGCUUUACACACACUGAUUUUGUGUGCUAUGUUUGCCGUGGUCGUUGUUGUUAAUUUCACGAACAUCUAACUCUGGUCCUCAAUCAUCGUCGCAGGUACUUGAUACUUCUAGCAUGGGAAGUAUUGUCUGAAUCAUCCUAAUUCGUUUAGUUUCAGCGGGUGGCUUGUUCUCUGCGCAUUUUGUAACUACAAGAGACAUGAGGAACCUGAAUAAGUCAUUAAUGGUGUAUUUGGUUUUUGGAUUCAUCGAAAACCAUUUAAAUUUGGAUAAUAUGUUAAGCGUUAUUGUUUUUGGACGGUGAAGUUUUGGCUUGUGGUCAUCAAUCCACUGUGGCAGAAUGUAUUUGCUCCGCAUCCUUUACUGUCAACUUGCCUGUGGAAGGCUAACAAAAUUUUAAAUUUGGUUUUUUUGCUUUA